UGGAGUGGAGCAGCUGUUGUUGCCGACUCUUUCCUCCUCCCCACGGUCCAGUCAGCUGGUUGAUUAGGCCAUCGGCCCUCAAGCCGAGACCUGUCUCUUAUUUAGUUCUGGGGAGUGCCUGGCCGACAUGAGUGAUGUAGAGGAGAACAACUUCGAGGGCAGAGAGUCUCGCUCUCAGUCAAAAUCUCCAACGGGAACUCCUGCUCGUGUAAAAUCGGAGAGCAGGUCAGGAUCUCGUAGUCCAUCAAGAGUUUCCAAACACUCUGAAUCCCAUUCUCGAUCAAGAUCAAAAUCCAGGUCGAGGUCAAGGAGGCAUUCUCAUAGACGUUACACUCGAUCCAGAUCCCAUUCUCACUCUCAUAGGAGACGAUCUCGAAGUAGGUCCUAUACACCAGAAUACCGGCGUCGCAGGAGCCGAAGUCAUUCUCCAAUGUCUAACCGGAGAAGACAUACAGGCAGCAGGGCAAAUCCAGAUCCCAACACGUGUCUAGGAGUGUUUGGCCUCAGUUUGUACACAACAGAGAGAGAUCUUCGCGAAGUAUUUUCUCGAUAUGGACCGUUGAGUGGUGUCAAUGUGGUUUAUGACCAGCGAACUGGACGAUCACGAGGAUUUGCUUUUGUUUAUUUCGAGAGAAUAGAUGACUCAAAGGAGGCUAAGGAAAGGGCAAAUGGAAUGGAGCUGGAUGGUAGAAGAAUUCGUGUAGAUUAUUCUAUCACCAAGAGAGCGCACACACCUACACCAGGCAUAUACAUGGGCAGACCAACUCACAGUGGUGGUGGAGGUGGUGGUGGUGGUGGAGGUGGAGGUGGAGGAGGUGGCAGACGUCGAGAUUCUUACUAUGAUAGAGGAUAUGAUCGUGGGUACGACAGAUAUGAAGACUAUGAUUACCGGUACAGAAGAAGAUCGCCUUCUCCUUACUAUAGUCGAUACAGAUCACGAUCAAGAUCUCGUUCCUACAGCCCAAGACGCUAUUGAUAAACAGAGUGGUUGCAGUUGAAGACAUCUUUUUCUUUCUUUUUUUUCCCUUUCUCUUUUUUUGUUUAAUUCUGGAUUUCCCCAAGCUUCUAAUCCUUCCUACUCCUUAAAAAGAACCCUUACAAACAUCUUUGGUUUAUUUAGCAUCUACACUUUGUCGAUUGUAUUGCUGUUUUCACCCCUUUUAUUAUAUUCUUAAAGAUGUAAUUGUCAUUUUGAGUAGUGAAGCAUCUUGAGUAAAAAAGGAACCCCCAGUGUUA